UCAAAGGAAAGCAAUUUGAUAUUUUAAAGAUUGAGGGAUAAAGUGAUCCAAAAGGAAAAAAUAAGAGUUAAAAGUGACAAUGAGUAAAUGACAAAGUGACAAAGUGACAAAAUUCUCAGAAGCUGAGAAGUGCUUUUGGCCAGAUGGAGAAGUGAAAAUUUUUAGCUUUUCAGCCAAAAAGUGCUUUUGGGCUGGUUCAUUUACUUUUUUAGCCACACACGAACGCCCUUCUUUGCUCUCUGCUCUCUGCUCUCUGCUGAUUCUUUGCCCUCAUCCCUGCCCUCUGUUGGUUCUUUGUUCCUCUGCCCUCUGCCCUCUGCCGAUUGGAUAGGAGAUAAACUUAGGUUGUCAACGCUUCCUUCAUCUCCUACAUCGAGCGAAAAGAGUAAGAGACAACAAUGGUUACUUUCCGGGAAUUGAUGAUGUGGAGGACUACGUUUCGGUUUGUUCCCGAGCAGCUUAAGUCCCGAGCUUAUCUGUUCCCGAGCAGCUUAAGUCCCGAAAUUCUCGAGGGCUUGUUAGGAUCAGUUGGUGGGGUGAUGGCCUUCCUAACAUUACAUGAAAUGCUGCCAUUGGUAUUUGACUAUUCCGGGCAGAAGCAAGCUGUCAAGGCUGUGUUCUUCGGGAUGGCUUUCAUGUCUGCAAGCCUAUACUUUCUCGAACUAAGCUUACCGAAGGACAUGAGCUUGUAACCUCUUUCCAUAUGAGCAAAAAGAUGUUGUAAAUUCCUGAACCAAGAUGUUUUAUUUUAGUUGAUUUCUCUGAUAAUUUUAUCCAAACUAUGAGAUGUCUUAAAAGCAAAAAGGAUGAACACAGCCCCAGUUUGAAUUUGUUUCCUUGUAACAACAUGAACAUUGAAAAUGGGAAAAAAAAGAGGGGGUUACAAAUAAAUUUAUGGAUAUUGUACUUUUAUA